UUUACAAUUGACAAUGACUGUGCGCGGCCAUAUUGCGGUAUUUUUUAUUAUUGUCGUAAAUAUAAACGUAAAUUAUGCAGAGGAAAGUGUACAUACGGAAAAUGGUGAAAACACACAGGAAAGGGAUAUGUGUGAAAAUAAAAAAUGUGUUUUUAAAUGUUGCCCAAGAAAUUAUAUUAUUAGACGAGAAAGUUGCGUGAGAGCACCAGAAGGAUUUAACAUUGACUUUUCUAAUGUAGAUAUUUAUGACGAAAAUAUUAAAAAGACUGGGAGAAGUGUUAAAGACGUUUUUCUAAUACAUGUUGGUAAUAAUUUUGAUGAAACUAUGACCAUAUCGGACGUACCUUAUACACAGAGUUAUUUAACUGAGGACGGAAAUCUUCAAAUAGCAUUUAAACUGCCUAAUGCUUUUACGCGAUGGAGGUCGUUGAAUAAAGAUUACUUCUGUUUGGAUUACGAAGCACUUGAUGCAAAUAUGACAGUUAUUAAACCAAUAUUUAGGGUUGCUUUCAAAAAGGAGCAAACUCAGGAUAAAAAUGGGUUUUAUUUCAAAGCUAGUGCUCUGCUGGUUUCCUGCGCUUUCCUGGUGGCUGUUCUCGUAGUGUAUAGUAUAUUACCAGAAUUGAGGACUUUAGGCGGAAAAGUAUUAAUGGCUUGUGUCGCUAGCCUCUUUAGUGCCUAUAUGUUACUUGCCACUAUGAUGUUGAUGACUUUGAACAAUGAAAACAUCACUAUUGUAAACUGCAUUUCAUUAACUUCCGCCAUAUACUUCUUUUUUAUGGCCAGUUUCUUUUGGAUGAAUGUGAUGUCUUGGGAUAUAUGGUGGUCAUUUCGGGGCUUUGCAAAAAUUCGACCAAUCAAUCGUCGUGGAGAUUCAUUCAAAUACCUCAUAUACAGCAUUUAUGCGUGGGGAUUACCAUUUGGAAUGUUGGUAAUGUUUGUUGUUCUCAAUCAGAUUCAAGUGGCUGGGAUUAUAAGCCCCAGUGUACCGAAAUUUGGAUGCUUUAUCGAUGGCCCCGAAAAAAUGUUGUACUUUUAUGUGCCUAUGUUAGUCCUUCUUAUAUGCAACUGGGUUUUGUUUUUAAUGACUGCGUUUAAUAUUUGGCGCAUAAAUAAGUCCAGUACAAUGGUUAACUCGGCGGCUGCAGGCACACCUGCAGCUCAUCGCGCCCAACGACAAAGAUUCUUAGUUUACAUAAAGCUGUCAGUGGUGAUGGGAAUAAGUUUUGUGCUGGAGGUGACAAGCACUCAAGCGCCGCAACUGGCGAUAUGGUAUAUAACUGACAUGUACAAUAUGCUGAUAGGCGUAACCAUUUUCUUUAUAUUUGUUUGCAAGAGGAAAAUAUUCAGAAUGCUAUCUGAAAAAUUUCAAAAGAGUCGCGAAGCUAAACAACGAUUCAACGCGAGUGAGACCAAUGUGACGUAUAUUGAUGAGCAUAAAGAACAAUUUUUGCUACAAAACAAAAGUGCUUAGUUUAUAUAUGUAUUUAGUGAUUUUUUAAUAAUAGAAUAUAAUAUAAUAGAAUAGAAUAAUUUUUAUUCAAAAUUGAUCACAAGUAAUUCUUAUUGAAAGUAAUUUUUUUCAUUACCGUUCGAAAAAAAUCCUCUGUCCUGGGAAGAACUAUCAAGAAACCCAGCGGGACUUUUCUUUUAAAUACAUUUUACAAUAUAAAUGAUUACAAACUAUUUACAAAAUUUAUUUUAGAAACUGCUUGGAAGCGACCACCUCAUUCCCAGAUGUUAUUAUCAACCAUGUAUUCAUUUAUAUUAUAAUAACUCUUUUUAUACAGUUUUUGUUUAAAUAUUUAAACUUGAAAAUAGAGAGACCUUGUAUAUUUUCGGGGACUUUGUUGUAGUAGCGUAUACAUUGCCCCAAGAAUGAAUUACUGACUCUGUGGAGUAUAGAGAAUAUUGGGUCGAAUAGGUGGGAGUAUUACUUUGUCGCCUUUAACAAUAACACUGCUUGCACUGCUGUGUUACAGUCUGAAGGGUGUGGAGAGCCUGUACAUUGUGAUGCAUCAUAUCGUUGCGUUCAGAGAUGACAACGUACUUGUGGCCUUCUUCGUUUGAAGUUGGCUGCAGGUGUCCAUGGACUGAAGCAGGCACUUACCAUCAGUUUGACUGUUAGUUCAUUUGUCUCGUCAGUUUUAUAAAAUUAUCUGAAUUGCUACAACAUAAUUACUAUAAUCAUCUUCUUCAGAAGCUAUACAGACUGUAAACCCAUGUAGGGACAAGCACCUAGUUUUUUUUGUUUUAUAGGAUAAGGGUGACAAACGAGCACACAGUCCGCCUGAUGGUAAGUGGUUGCUGUGGCCUAUAGACAACUACAUCUAUCCUCGAUUACGAAUCAAAAUGUAAAUGCGUUGUCACCCGUGAGGACUAAGAUGGAAUGGCUCGUUUCCAGUAAAAAGGGACUCCGGUUCUCUACACUCACCAUACGAAACACAGCAGCGUUAAGCUAUUUCACGCUGGUAAUCUGUGAGAGCGUGGUCCUACCCCGGUUGAGCCGACCCAUUCGUGCUACAACUAUACUACUAAUAUAACUGCAGCAUGGCUGCAUCUACCACGUAUAUAAUUUCAAUCACAUAAAACGAAAGCUUUUGUUCAUUAUCCUAUGUUGUGCAAAAGCGUGUUCAAAUUUUAUAAUAUUUUUUUAUAGAAUAAUAGUGACAAACGAGAGCAUAUUCCACCUGAUAGUAAGUGGCUGCUAUGGUCCAUAGACAUACAUCUGUAUUCUGUAAUCGAUUUGGAAUCAAAAUGCACAUGGGUGGUCACCGAUGAUUAACAAGAUGCUUAUAACAAGUAAUAGAGUUAAUAGGGUUGGUUAACUUUAAUAAGUAAUUAAAAAAAAUAAACAAUAUUUUUUAAACAAAUGUGUAAAGUUCAUACUUUGUUUUAUUUAUGAUUUUUAAAAUAAAUAUAUAAUUUAAUU